UGAGGUCCAGUUGGAUGUGCCAUUGGAUGAUGUGCCAGAUGUUCCACAGCUGCCAGUCCUCCUUGAUGUCCAGAAUGCUGCUAUCAUCCUUGAGGAUGUGCCAGAUGUGCAGACUAUCCUUGAGGUACAAUUUUCUGAAAGUUUGGGGUUUUAUGUUUGAAAAAUAUCCCAGAUAUUCAAGUUGUGUCUCUUUGACAUGAAACAAAUCUCUUGUCUGCUUUCUGCUUUAGAAGGCCACUGGCAAUUGGCAGUUGAUUCCAUUAGGUUCAGCCCCCUGUACUGUGGGCCUGUUGUGAUCAGGAACAAUGCCGGUCCGGUUGUUAAAGCUUGGAGAACUUUACAGUUCAUUAGCCCCAUCAUCACCUACAUACGUGGGGGAUCCCAGCAGGUGGUGGUGAGGAUGCACCACGUUAGUAGGGUGAGAGGCCUGGAGACUCAACUGGUGUGGGCCAUCUCCAAGGAGACAGCCAGGCUUAGUCCAAAGGGCAUCCCCUACUGUGCCACCAAAGUGCAGUCCAUCACUUGGAUCCAGCGUGUGGCUGGCAGGGUGGCCCACUAUGUGUCUCACCUCCGCCACGAGACGUCUGUGGACGUGACGCUUGGCUGCUACCAGCAGACUGAUGUCUCAGUGGUGUACGCCACUCUCCACAUGGGGCUGGACGUGCUUCUCUCCUCUUCAGCGUGGUCGGAGGCUGCCUCCUUCUCUACGCCCACCACUCAGCAGUUCACUGACCCAGAGCCUGAGGGCCACAACGGCUAUAAGGGUUGGGAGGAGGACCUGCUGCCUGAGGAGAGGGAGGUUCCUCUGCUAAACCUCUACCUUACCACCAAGAGAGUGGAGGACAUCGCCCUGAGGCUCGUCUCCCUGCGCCAGGCCUUCCCUACCCUGCUUCGUUCCACCCUGAGCAGGAACCAUGUGUUUGUGGCGGGAAAGGUCCUCCUGGGCGCACUGGUUCAGGCCAACCACAUGGACGGGGCCAAGUUCAUCCGUACUUAUAACGACUUUGUGGACUACCUGAGUGACCCCUCCAAGCGGAAUGACAUUGAGAGGGAGCUGGCUGAGGCAAAGAUCCAUCAUGUGAACAUGAUAGAUGUCGUUUUUGAGCUGGUGCUGUUUGGGAUGAUGACAGCUCAGAAGUCCCUGAUGGUGCACCCCGGUGGGUUUGUGGAGCGUCUGUACGCUCUCCUGUACUCCUUCCUGCCCACUGCUGCCAACAUGGAGCCAGAGGCUGACAGAUACCUGCUGCUGCUCAAUGUAAGAGUCAAGAGGUUACUUCCUGUUUACUUCCAUAUUCUUAGUGUACUUCCUUAUUCAUGGUUAACCAGGUUCCAAUGUCAUUUUAGGGGGAGUAUUUCUAAUUGUUUCUCUCCUCUUGAUAAGCUAGUAACUCAGAGCCAUUUUCUAUGUGUUGUGUGGUGUUCUCUUCAGGGCGGGCUGAUGGCUCUGCUAGAUGACAUGUUUGGCCAGCAGCUGGCUUGGUACUUUAACCCAGAGUCUCUGGUCACGGAGCUCUCCAGCCUCCUGGAGUACCACUUGGAGAACCUCAUGGCCAGCAUGUAGUCCUACUGCAGGGACCAUACUCCUUUCUCCUUCUCUCUCUCUUUUGAAGGAAUUAAGGACUUGAAGUGCUUUGUUGAUCCCUGAUUAGUUAACACCCAUUAAUUUAAUGUAUUCUCUUGUUUUCUCUCCCCACAGGAUUCUUGUGACACUUUGCCACCCAAGAGGGAUCCAGACACCAAUGCACUACAUUACUUUGCACUGAAUUUGACAUUUUUAAAUAAAAUAAG